CUUCUCUCAUAAGCCACAUUUUUUUCUCUUCUCUACGCACAGCUUUAAUUACCCAAACAGAGCCAAAAAAAAAAAAGCAAAUCCCCAAAAAUUCGCCUAUUUCAUGGUCUCUAGAAAUCCGAAUCCUUCACACGGCUAUUUUCUGGAUCCGACCGGUAUGACUACUGUUCCUCCGGGUCUUGGACCUUCUUCUUCUUCACCAACGACUUCUUCUUCUACCGCCGUAGCUGUGGCUGCGGAUGCGGCGGCGACUGUUUCUUCUUCGUCUGAGGAUUUGAGUAAGAAGAUUCGGAAGCCUUAUACUAUUACCAAGUCCAGAGAGAGCUGGACCGAGCCUGAGCAUGAUAAAUUCCUCGAAGCUCUUCAAUUGUUUGAUAGAGACUGGAAGAAGAUUGAAGCUUUUAUUGGGUCAAAGACAGUGAUUCAGAUACGAAGUCAUGCUCAGAAGUAUUUUCUUAAGGUACAAAAGAGUGGGACGGGUGAACAUCUCCCUCCUCCUCGACCUAAAAGAAAAGCAGCUCAUCCAUAUCCUCAGAAAGCCCACAAGGGUGUGCAACCUCAACUACCAGUGUCAUUAAAGUCAACAUCUGAACCAAAUGACCCAAGUUUUAUGUUUAGGCCCGAGUCUUCUUCAAUGCUGAUGACUUCUCCAACCACUGCUGCUGCGGCUCCAUGGACAAAUAAUGCGCAAACAAUUAGCUUCACGCCCCUCACAAAAGCAGCAGGAGCAGGAGCGAAUAACAACUGUUCUAGUAGUUCUGAAAAUACUCCAAGACCACGAUCCAACAGGGACACAAGUGACCAGGGAAAUGUUGGCCAUUCAUUAAGAGUUUUACCGGACUUUGCCCAAGUAUACAGCUUCAUUGGAAGUGUUUUUGACCCAUAUGCAAGUAAUCAUCUACAAAAGCUGAAGAAGAUGGACCCCAUAGACGUGGAAACAGUGCUACUGUUGAUGAGAAAUCUAUCUAUCAACUUGUCUAGCCCUGAUUUUGAGGAUCACAGACGGCUUCUUUCGUCUUAUGAUAUCAGCUCCGAGACAGCAACUGAUCAUCAUGGUGGAGUGAAUAAAACCUUAAUCAAAGAUCCACCUGAAAUCUCUACUUGAAAAGUUUAAUAGAAGAAGAGAAUUAUCAGAAGUGUUCAAGGACGAGCCAAAAAACCAGCUUCUGUUGUGAGUUUUUGUUUGUAGACUGUUGUACAUAUGAAGAUGGAGCUGAGAUUGAUCGGGUUUAGUUUGUGUUUUAUUAUAUAAAUAUAUACGUCUUUUGAAUUGAGGAUGGUGUAUGUACAGUGUGUUAUCAUAAGUUAUAUAUACCACCACUCGUCUUCUCUCAAUGAGCUUUUGUUUACGCAAGCAUGUAUGUAUGUAUCAGUGUCUGUUUGAAAGCUUCGACUUCCAAUUUAAAAUUCGAAAUCACAAUUUUCCCCCUUUCAAUUCUA